CUAUACAGUGCUAUACAGGAUUCAUGUAAAAUAUACGUGAAAUAGUGUGUAACCUCUUUACAGUCUACACUUGACACUUUGAUUGGAUAGUUGUUGAUAGCAGUUGAUAAAUAGUUUAUUUGAUAUCCUAAUGACAGAUAGAUGUUGUGUUAUGACUUUAACAUCAUAAUUUGACAUUGUUAAUACACUCACAGUAUUUUGUGUGAUAUUCUUUAUACAUACCCAAACACAACUCAUAGUGGAAAACGAAAAAAAAUAUAGUUACAUAUUACACAAAAUUCAUCUUUUCUUUUUUUUUCGUCUCGUGUGUGUGAGUGUGAGUCUACAGCCGCAAGUUACUACACAAGUGACCCACUAGGAGGUUAUAAUUAUUUUUUUUUAAUUUCAGUUUAUUAUCAAUAACAAUUUUUAAUUAACUAAAUAAUGUGGCAUAAAUCUAUCAAUAUUAUCUGAUUAUUUAAUGAUGAAUAUUUAAAAAUUUUAAAUUUAAUCUCGAGGUAAUAAAAUAUUAUUUUUAUUACUUUAAUAAGUUUUUGUGCUAAUGCGUAUAACAACAAAUAUUAUAUUUUUAUAGUGAUUAAUAAAUUAGCAUAAUUAUUGGUGCAAGAGAAAAAAAUAAUAUAGUGAUCUUUUUAAAAACCACAACUGUUGAAUAGCUGUCAGUUGUUGAAGUACAAUUAGUUGACUCUUAUAUUCCGAAUGUUUUCCAAAGUUCAUUUGAUUUAAUAUUCUUACUAACAUAAAACUUUGUUGAAUAUAUAUAUUUGAUUUUUUUUUCUCCUUUUAUAUAUAAUUAGUUUGUUAAAAUAUUAUUGAUAAAUUUUGUCAGUUUCCAUUGCUAAAACAACGAUGUUUUGGAUGAUUGUAAAUAAUGUCUCAUGGUACAUAUAGAAAACCAAAAAAUAAACGUAUGAAAUUAAAAAAACGUCGUCGUAGAAAAUUUAGAAAAUUAUAAUAAUGAUUGGUGAGACAUCUGAAUUAGAAGAGGCAUGUUUGCAAGCCCAAGAUAUGAUAAAUAAAUUAACGAAUACCCAACAAAAGUUAAUAACUGACAAUCAAUUAUCACAAAAAUCUCAAGUAAAUACAAAACAAAGUAUUCAAUCAAGAUUAACACGCCUUUAUUUUGAUGAGUUAUCAAAAUUGCCACAUGCAACACCAGAUACUGUUUUAAAUAAUUUAGAAAAUGAAUGUGAUUUAUUGGGUCGUUUAGUACAACGUGACUGUCUUCAUACAUUAAUUGUGAACCUUUAUGCUGGUAACAAAGGAUACUCAUUAGGUAUCAGAAAUGAUAAUACAAACAAAUUUGAUAAUAAUAACUGUUUAUUGGCCGAGACACAAUUAAUGGGGUAUGAACAAGGUGAAUUAUUAUCAUGUAUUGAUAAUGGACAGUUACCACCAAUACUUGCUGAACAACUUGAAUUAAAUCAUUCACAUUUAUUUUAUGAUGGUUGUAUUAUUGCUGAAAUACGUGAUUAUAGAAAAACACAUUUAAAAGCUGAUAUACACCAUGUAUUACUAAAACCAACAACACAAAGUGUUCUAUCAGAUGUAACUUCAUUGACAAAUGAUGGUGAAUGGAGUCAUGAAGAAAGAUUAUUACUUGAAUCACGUUUAAUUGCAGCAACACAAGGACCAUUAUGUUUAGAUCCAAAUCCAGUAUCAAGUUUAGCAACAACAAGAUUACGUCAAUCACGUACAUUAUUGAAUGAUCAACAAUUAAUAAGACAAGCAAAAAAAUACUGCCAAGUAACAGCGAAUCGUAAACGUAAACUUGAACAAUUAUCACAAUUUGGUAAUGAUAGUGGUACAAUUACAAUACAAGAUUUAAUGCAAAGAGUUAGAGCUAAAAGAGGAGCUAUUAGUGGUAGUUUAUCAACAGCAGCAUCAUUAUCAUCAUCAACAUCAUCGCUAACAACAACAACAACAACAACAACAACAACAACAAUAACAGCAACAACAACAACAACAACAGCAACAACAACAACAUUAAAUUUAAUAGCAUCAUGUCCACCUCCGUCACUUGUUAAUCCACCACUGCUACCACCAACAUCACCAAUUGAUGUUUUGAAUUAUGCCAAGGCAUAUGAACGACCACGUGAAACGAAAGAUUGUCUAGCUCAACUUAUUGAAGAAUAUAUAUUAGAAACAGAGCGUGGUCCAGGGCGUGUUUAUCAUAUUAAGUUAUCGAUACUGCAAAGACCAUCGAAUUCUGAAUAUCUUGGUGAGCUUUAUGUUGAUAGAGACUAUAAAGAGGGUGAAAAAAAUGGCUCAUCGUGUAGAUUUACAUUGGGUACAAGAGUACAAGCAAAUCAUUAUAUGCAACAGUUUACAGAAAUAUUUACUGAAGAAGGAAGAAAAAAUGUACGAAUAAAACAUGUUGUACCGGGACAAGCACCACGGGUUACAUGUACACCAGGAAUGCAAAGAGCACAACAAGCUGCUGCUCAAGCGCAGCAACUUCUUCAACAACAACUUCUUCAGCAACAAAUAUUAUCAAGAACUCAGGCACAAUUAAACAAUCCAAACACUGCCAAAUCAGUACUUUCAGAAGCACUUAACAAUACGAAUUGUAUACCAGAUAUUCAAGAAUUAUCACAAAAUGAUGGAAUCACGGUACCAUCACCAACACCAACAACAAUAAACCCAUUAACAACAUCAAUAACAACAUUAUUAACAACACCAACAAUUACAACAUCAACAAUAACAACAGCAACAACAACAACAACAAAUAGUAAUAUCUUAAAUACAACAAUAACAAAAUUACCAAAUCAAAUACAAAGUAUACAAACAAUUCAGCCAGUUCAAAACUUAACAAAUGGCUUAGGUAAUUGUACAACAAAUUUACACAUUGAUUCAACACAAUUAUCAGUUAAUAAUAAUUCUGCACCAUUAACUCUCACUGAUGGUAAUAGUAUUAAUGGUUCUGGGAUAUACGUACUUCAACAAAAAUCAUGUAACUCAGGACAGCAGAGUAUUGUUGGUAGUACAAAUAAUACAACGACGAAUUUGCCUGUACUACAAGCACAAUUACAAUCAACUCAUCAACUUAAUAAUGUUGGUGAAAUUAUGGGAGGUCAAGGUGAAGUUUCUUUUAAAAAACACUCUUCAAAUCCUGAAAUAAGAGCUCUUGUUACCUCAUUAAUGAACUCAGCUGAUCAAUUUCAACAACAACAAGCUGCUGCUGCAAUGAGUAGUAACAAUCAGACACAACAAACUCCACAGCCAGCAAUCAAAACAACAAACAACGCUGCAAUACUAAGUUUGUUGAACAGUAGCCCAGCAAAUUUAACACAACAAAAAAUUCAAGGUCAAACACGUAGAAUAUCUUUGAAUACAACACUAUCACAACGUGUUAUUGGCCAUGGCAAUAUGAUAACAGUACCAAGCACGACCGGUCAAGUGAGAGUUAGCUUUAGUCCAGCAUUGACAAAUCAACUUGCUGGUAAACAAACACCUGUUAAGGCAACAGCUGUUAGACUAGCACGUGUUCAAGAUAAUACAUCAUCCCUUGGGCUUUCAAUGCCUGGAUUAUCAGCAUUAUUAGCAGGCACACCGUCAGCUGAUAAUCCAAUACCUGGUAUGAAUGCUGCAUCAUCACUUUUAGAAAGAUUGACUGCAUCAUCUAAUCAAAAUAAUCAACCAUUAAGUCCGUUAACAAGCCCACCCCCUGCAAAUCUCAGUUUGCAGGGUGUUAAUCUUACUAGUUUGCCAAAUCCAAUAAAUGGACUUCAAAAUGUUCAGGUAUCUUUUCCGGGAUUAUCUCAAUCAAUUACGAUGCCAUUGAAUGUAUCAGCUACGACUGCCUCGGUAACGCCAGCUGGAGUUAUUGUAUCUUUGCCAUUAUCUACUAAUUCUAAUAUAUGCACAACUGUGUCAAGUAUGGUUGCUGCAACUGUUGUUACAACAGCUACUGCAGGAUCUACUCCAACUGUAGUGAUUGCGAAUCCUCCCAAUACUCACUUAUCUUUACCUAUUGCACAAAUAUUACCAUCUGGUGUCAAAGGCUUAACAAAACAAAAUAUACGUGCGACAAACGCUGUUGCUUUAUCUCAGAGUGGACACGCUAUACAGCUAGUUGGUUCUCAACGAACUCGAAUAAAUCAAAUGACACGUCAAAUUCAAUCAAAUCAUGCCAAGUCGACUGUUCUUCCCAAUCAACUAGUCACUGUUUCGAAACCAGUUACCGGCAAUCAAUUAAUAUUAUCUAGCAAUAAACAAGUUUUAACUCCAAUUAUGACAUCUACAAAACCAGUAUUAAUGGCAACACAAACAACACCGUCUUCCCAAGUUGUACCUGCAAAUAAACAUACACUAUUAACAAAAUCGUUGCAUGCAAUUGCCGGUGCAACUGGCCAAAUUAAUACUCAAUCUCAAGGAAUUGGAGUUGCAAGUUUCUCUCCUCAACAAAUUCAACAAUUACAACAGUGUUUAGUUGCUCAACAAAAAAACACAGUUGCUGCAAAUAGUUCGCCCAAUCGAACGCAAAUAUUGACAAGGAACAGUGCAACAACACCUAAUAAUGAAACCCUUUGAAGUUUAUUAUCAAGAUGCAUCGUUGUACGCAUCAAAAAUGAUAAUUCACUUCCUCAAUAAAUUGGAGUGUUCUUCCGUUCAAAUCAUGACUUUUCAAGAUUUAAUUAUGAUCAAUUAUUAAAAAGAACUUUUGAAUAAGAAAAAACAUUUUUUAUUACAAUCGUUAUAAUUUAUUAUUAUUAUUAUUAUUAUUGUAAUUUUAUUAUUAGAAAAAAUUUUCUUCUGUUUACAAUUUAAACAGAAGUUUGUACAAUAGUGAAAAAUAAUUGUGUACAAAAGUGCUUAGUUAAAAAGAACUUAAAAAAUCAUGUGAAAUGCUUAUUAGGGGAAAAAAAAUUGCAACACAAAUGAGGUGAGUGCAAUAAAAAUUGAAUUGAUGAAAGUUAUACUAUGAAUGUCGUUGGGGAAAAAAAUUUUACCAUAAGUUUUAAUUAUAAUAUAUAUAUGUAUAUAUUUACAUAUAUUAAAAGGAUAUACAUACAAUCAACGAUUAUUUGUUUGAUAAAAGUAAAUAAAUAAUAACAAAAAAAAAACUCUGUAAAAUGCACUUGAACAUAAAAAGAAAAAAAAUUUACCUGAAAAGUACAACGACUCUAUGAAAAGAACACGAAUAAAUCACCUCCAAGUUAUAUACUUA